UCAAGCAUUACUGUACUUUUCAUCCACAGGGGACGUUACCACCGAGAACCAUCAGCAAAAAUGAUGAUGUUUACUUACUCGCUGCUGGCAUUUGUCUUCUUCUGCACAGGGCUGUCUGUGAAAAGUAUCUACCCAUGCGACAAGCAUAUGUUCGAAAGUAACGUUCACAUCUGCAGCUCAGUUUUUAACAAGAGCAUGGAGACAAGUGGACAUCAUGAAAGAUGCACAUGGCCAGCUGUAAAACGCAUCUACAAUCAACUGAAGCUUUGUGUGGACCACUGGGCAAAGACGUCCUUGUGUCUGAGUCGGGGGUCUCUGGUGGACGACUUCUUCCAGGAGGUCCAUCAGGAGUACUUUGCGUCCUGUGGACGCGUCCACGACCCCCCACUCACUACCAUGAUCAUGCUAAUAGCACCGGGUAUCAUUGCCACAGUUUUCCUGCCCCUUCUCUGCAUCAAACUCACUACAUGGAACAUCGAGAUGCCCAACACUUUGGGACUGUGAGAUGCGGGUUCGACAAAAGAAUAUGUUUUACUCAUUUGUUCACACUUUAUUUUUUAUUUUUUUGUAUCCACUUUUUAAAUGUUUUCUCCCAUCCAACCUGCAGACACACCCACCCUAUCCAAGUAAAGCAACAAUACCUAAAGGGGGCCCUAUUAUGCAAAACCAACUUUUCUUACCAAUUGGCACCUGCUGUUGUGUAUUUGGGAUCUGCAUAAGUCCCGAAAAUAUGACAUCAAACCGUGCAAAUAAAAAUAAUCUUGCCUUCCUUCAUUCUGGAAUUUUCCCUACUAGUGACGUUUAUCUCCAGAUAUUUACCCAAACUUCUUUGUAGUCCAACGUUGUAGUCAAUAAGUUCCUUUCUUUUCUCUGUCCUCUUGUUGUGGGGCAGACUGGCUCGUACAUGCACAUGCAUUACCCGUCGCUGCCAUUUCUAAUAGAAAUCAGCGUAUGGUUCGAACUUGAUAUGUCAGUAGACACCAUAUGGAAGCCCUAAAAACUACAACAAAGAUGACUUCACAAAGUGGUGACCCUCACCCCAUCCCUGCUUGUGAAUGACUGAGCAUUUCAUGGAAGCUGCUUUUAUACCCAAUCAUGGCACCCACCUGUUCCCAAUUAGCCUGUUCACCAGUGGGAUGUUCCGAAUAAGUGUUUGAUGAGCAUUCCUCAACUUUCUCAGUCUUUUUUGCCACUUGUGCCAGCUUUUUUUAAACAUGUUGCAUGCAUCAAAUUCCAAAUGAGGUAAUAUUUGCAAAACAUAACGUUUCUCAGUUCAAACUUUAAGUAUAUUGUCUUUGCAGUCCAUUCAAUUGAAUAUAGGUUGAAUAGGAUUUUCAAAUAAUUGUAUUCUGUUUUUAUUUACGAUUUAUCCAACGUGCCAACUUCACUGGUUUUGGGUUUUGUACGUACGUGUGUCCGCUGUACUCACCCAUGCAUUCAUAUGUGUGUGUGUGUGAUUAAUGAUGGGACAGGUGGGUCAUCGGGGCAUUUUUUAAAAGUCUAUAGCACUCUGUGUAGCAUUUAUUUUAUGUAU